UCUCCAUAAGAUGCCGGCUGAGCGCUUCCCCCCUCUUUUCUCCCCCAAGAUGGCGUCCAUGCGGGAGAGUGACACCGGCCUGUGGCUGCACAACAAGUUGGGGGCGACUGACGAAUUGUGGGCGCCACCGAGCAUCGCGUCGCUGCUCACGGCCACGGUCAUCGACAACAUCCGCCUCUGCUUCCACAACCUCUCGUCCGCUGUGAAGCUGAAGCUGCUGCUCGGGACCCUGCAUCUCCCGCGACGCGCUGUGGACGAGAUGAAAGGCGCAUUGACUGAAAUUAUCCAGCUUGCAACCUUGGAUUCAGACCCUUGGGUCUUAAUGGUAGCUGAUAUUUUAAAAUCCUUUCCAGAUACCGGGUCACUUAACCUUGAUCUUGAAGAACAGAAUCCCAACGUUCAGGAUAUUUUAGGAGAACUUAGAGAAAAAGUUAGCGAGUGUGAAGCAUCUGCUAUGUUGCCUUUGGAAUGUCAGUACUUAAACAAAAACGCCUUGACCACACUUGCUGGACCACUCACACCACCUGUGAAGCAUUUUCAGUUGAAAAGAAAACCUAAAAGUGCCACUUUGAGAGCUGAGCUCUUACAGAAAUCCACAGAGACUGCUCAGCAACUCAAGAAAACAGCUGGAGUACCUUUCCAUGCCAAAGGAAGAGGACUGGUUAAAAAAAUUGAUACUACAACACCUCUGAAAGGCAUCCCAAAACAGGCUCCUUUCAGAAGCCCGACUACACCUAGUGUUUUUAGCCCUGCUGGAAACCGGACCCCAAUUCCCCCUUCUCGAACUCCUCUACGAAAAGAACGGGGAGUGAAGUUACUAGAUAUUUCAGAGCUGGAUAUGGUUGGUGCAGGCCGAGAGGCAAAAAGAAGAAGAAAGACUUUAGAUACAGAAGUUGUGGAAAAGCAAGCCAAAGAAGAAACAGUUGUAGAAAAUGCUACUCCUGAUUAUGCUGCUGGCCUUGUCUCUACACAGAAACUUGGUUCUUUGAAUAAUGAACCUGCACUACCUUCCACAAGCUACUUGCCUGCAACUCCUAGUGUAGUUCCAUCCUCAUCCUAUAUACCAAGCUCUGAAACACAGCCAGCUCCUUCAGCUCGAGAGACUUUGCAGACUAUCCGGCAGCCAGAGGAACCUGCAACCCCAAACACUACCCUUCCUGCUCAGUUCAAGCAGAGAACUCCCAUGUACAACAGCAAUGCCAACCCCACUACCGCAGCCACUGCUCCACCUACCUCACCUCUGACGCCCACAACCCCUCCUGCCAUUGCCCCUGUUGCACAGACGCCUCCGGUGGUGCCACAGACCCAACCAGCCCCACAGCAACAACCCAAGAAGGGUCUAUCCCUCACGAGAGAGCAGAUGUGUGCUGCACAGGAAAUGUUCAAGACGGCAAACAAGGUGACCAGGCCCGAGAAAGCACUCAUUCUGGGCUUCAUGGCUGGAUCCAGGGAGAACCCUUGCCAAGAGCAGGGCGACAUCAUUCAGAUCAAGCUCAGCGAGCACACAGAAGUUCUUGACAAAGCUGACGGCACAGGAAGCACCACCAUGUUAGUUGACACAGUUUUUGAAAUGAACUAUGCCACUGGCCAGUGGACCAGGCUCAAGAAGUAUAAGCCCAUCACGAAUGUUUCCUAGAGGACCAGGACCAGACCGUGGGGACCAAGCCACGCAUGGGCAGCCAUCUCUGCUGAUGAGAGAGCGGGCGGCCCUCGACCCAAGGACAUCCACAUGGGCUUCCCUGUUCCCCUUCAGGCUGCAUAACCGUUUCCAGCCCCCCUCGGGAGUGUGCUCUGAGUCAUCGCUGCACAGACAUAGGCCUGCUAGACUGCUGGGGGUUCCAAAAUGGGAAAAAUGAGUUGAGUGUGCCGCGUCUAAGUCCUCCUUCCUCUGAGAGCUUCCCCUCAGCUCAAGCAGAGCUCCUCUCCUAAUGGGGGGAGAUGACUUCAGAGGCUGCUGGCAGAUUUUCUCUUAAGCCCAGACGAUAAAUUCCCUGAAGAGUCGUAUGACCUUGUGCUUAGCUCAUUUUGCUAGGAAAACGAUGGCAUGUGGGGAGGACUGGGGAAUCCUGUGCAGUGUGAAUGUAUUAGGAUCAGUGCACUGUAAAAUGGGGACUCCCAGAAGCAGCAUUCAUCUCUCUUGGCAUAGAUGAGCACCGAAGACCCCAUUUACCCCUCAGCAUUGGGACAUCAGACGUUGCCAAAACUAACCCUCUCAUUUUGCUUGCAGCUCCCUGACUGGCCCUUUGCCCUGCUGGCAGUCUGGCUGAGUGUCAGUGGCAUCUGCCCCCAGACUUUGAGCAGGCCAGGACGGGUGGUCAGAUGGUUGUCAGAGACCGUCAGAAGGCAGGCCCCCUUGUACCCUUACAACACCUGGGGAUUGUGGGAGAGAGGGGAGUGUGCCUGGGGGGAACACACCAAGCCUGGUCUCU